CAAGUCCUCCAGAUCAACAGGAUUACACAGAGGAAUCAGAGUCUGACAAGACAGAUUCUCCUGCCGCAUCCAUUAUGGUCCAAAUGGAGCAGAUGUGUAUUGCAUCACAUACCUGAAGAAUCCAAUAACUGUAAAAGUCAUUAAAGUGUAAAUCACAAUAAAGUGUAAAUCACAUUUUCACAUUGAAAAGAAAACAAUGUUAGUUACAUUAAGAGAUUAAUGAUAUCACAUCUUUGAUAGCAAUGUUUAAUAAAAAAUUUUUAAAAAACGUUAUUUAUAUAAGAUGAAAAACAAACAAAUACAUAUAGACAUACAUACACACUGUAAGACUAUGGCUAUAGAUUGUAAAAAUAAUAGAAUAUUGAAGGUCAGUAAAUAAUCACAGUAUUAUGAGACAUGUUAUUGUUUACUGCAGAAGUUCCCAUCCUCAACAUUUCUGUGUAUCUACUGUAUUAUAGACUGACAGAUACAGAGCUACACAUAUAGAUAGGCAAAAUAAUUAUCAUUAUAAAUGAGAAAUAAAAAGAAUUUCCUUAAACGAAUGUCUGUACAAAACGCUUCACUCUCACUACCUCGUGGACGAACACUAAAACGCUCCGAACCACAAGCUGCAAAAUCUCACCUCCUUAUUUUUGACAUAAUAAUCUCAUUAUUUCUGACUUGUGGAUUUUAUCCCGUUUUAUUAUUUCAGGUUUAUAUACAGUAACAGUGUGUUAUAGAAGUCACAGCUUUUAUUUUAAUGUGCUCGUUCGUAUUAGAUCUGCACAGAUCAACAGCUUCUGACCAAUCACAAUCCAGAAUUCAGCAGCUUUAGAGGUUAUCCUCCAUCAAGGUAAAAAGUUAUAAAACACAACAUAUCUUUUUAAAAAUGUUUUAUUUUAUGAAACUUAGGUACAAAAAAAACACAAAAAAAAACAACAGAAAUAGGAAUGGAUUAAACGUGUGUGUGUGUGUGUGUGUGUGUGUGUGUGUGUGUGUGUGUGUGUGUGUGUGUGAGAGAGAGAGAGAGAGAGAGAGAGAGAGAGAGAGCACAGCAUGGUAAUCACGAUCUUAUUUUAAUCACUAUCCUCAGCAGCACAACACACACACACACACACACACACACACACACACACACACACACACACACACACACACACAGUUUCUGUUGAUCAAAGCAGAUUUUCAGAUUUAUUCAUGUAAAUAGGUUUUAGUUUACUAUUUAAAUGACUUUUUUAUUUUUAUUCUGUGUUUGUUUAAACUGCUUAUGAGAAUAAAACAGAAUAUUUCUCUUCAGCACUUCACACUCAGUACAGGACUAAAGUACAGACUAAAGUAUAGACUAAAAUACAGGACUAAUGUACAGCACAAGCUAAUCAUUGGGCACAUUUAAUAAUGACGAUGUAUUAUUGUGAGUGAUGUGGAAAUUUGUUUAAAAUAUGAUUUAUAGUUUUACUUGAACAAAGCUGCACUUAUUUCUUGUUAUUUUAUUGUUUAUAGUUAUGUGGUGUAGUGUUGUAAGUUGUGUGGCUGCUCACUUCAGGUGAAAACCACAGCUUGGUUUCCUGGGGAAGAGCUUAUAAGACCAGUGCUGAAGUGAUAUCUGCAUUAAUACGGUCCUGUUCACAUCGUGAUCAUCAUCAGCAGCCAUGGUCUCUCGUUCUCUCCUGCUGGUUCUGCUGGUUCUCGGCUGCCUUCAGUCCUUCACAGCGGCUCAUAUUUGAUUCUAAAGGACGGCCGUCGUGUGUGUGCAAACCCCGAUGGAAAGUGAGUGCAGGACACCAUGAAAAAAACUUAGUAACAUCUGAAAGCCUGACCUCAACCUCAACUGAGCGAUUGUAUCAUAGAGUUUGGCUGUGAAGUGUUAAACGCUGCUCAGAGCUGUCUCAGUGUAACUGAAAACCACAGCUGGAUUUCCUGUGGAAGAGACGAGCGCUGAGGUGAUACCUGCAUUUAUAUGAGUGUGCUUAUAUCCUCACCAUCAUCAUUCAUCUGCAUCAUCAUGUUCUGUCGUUCUCUCCUGCUGGUUCUGCUGGUUCUCGCCUACCUUCAGUCCAUCACAAUGUUCCUGAGUCGAUGCUGUUUCAGUUACCAGACACAUCCAAUCCCUGUAAGACGCAUUACAGCGUAUGAAGUAACAAACCCUCACUGCUCAAAUCCUGGAGUCAUUUUUAGUGUAAAUCGUGGUCUCCGUGCGUGUGCAAAUCCCACAGAUAGAUGGGUGCAGAAACUCAUGAAAAUAAUUGACAGCCGCUCGUUUACAAGCUGGGUCGAACCUAAAGUUCGUCCUCCCUCACCCAUUAGAAACGAGCCUGACAAAUCGGUUCCUCCUCCCUCACCCAUUAGAAAUGACCCUGACAAACCAGUUUCUACUGCCUCAUCCAAUAUAGAACACCCUGACAAACCAGUUUCUACUGCUUCAUCCAAUAUAGAACACCCUGACAAACCAGUUUCUACUGCCUCAUCCAAUAUAGAACAUGGAAAUGGACCAGGUAAGUGCUGUUUCCGUUACCACACACAACGAAUCCCUGGAAGACUCAUUACAGCGUAUGAAGAAACAGACCAUCGGUGUACAAAUCCUGGAGUCAUUUUGAUCCUUUGUGAUCAUCGCCGUGUGUGUGUAAAUCCCAAAGAUGAGUGGGUGCAGUAUAUCGUGAUAAAACUUGAGAGACACUUCUUUAUAGGCUGGGAUGAUACUGAAGUUCGUCCUCUCUCACCCAUUAGAAACGAGCCUGACAAAUCGGUUCCUCCUCCCUCACCCAUUAGAAAUGACCCUGACAAACCAGUUUCUACUGCUUCAUCCAAUAUAGAACCUACAAGUCAUCCAGCUCAACAGGAUUACAUGCAGGAAACGGUGUUUCAACCAGAACCUGUUUCUACUCCCGAACCUGUUUCUACUGCCUCACCCGAUAUAGAAUCUACAAGUCCUCCAGCUCAACAGGAUUACACAGAGGAAUCAGCUACAAGUCAUCUAGCUCAACAGGAUUACAUACAGGAAACGGUGUUUCAACCAGAACCUGUUUCUACUCCCGAACCUGUUUCUACUCCCGAACCUGUUUCUACUCCCAAACCUGUUUCUACUGCCUCACCCGAUAUAGAAUCUACAAGUCCUCCAGCUCAACAGGAUUACACAGAGGAAUCAGAGUCUGACAAGACAGAUUCUCCUGCCACAUCCAUUAUGGUCCAAAUGGAGCAGAUGUGUAUUGCAUCACAUACCUGAAGAAUCCAAUAACUGUAAAAGUCAUUAAAGUGUAUGAACAUCCAAAAGCUAGAGCCAAAAGUUUUCAAUCAGUUGUUACUCUUCCAGUGGAGAGUAUUUGAUAGUAACUGAAAUGUAUGUUAUGAUAAGUUAUGAUCACUAAUUACACUGUAGGAGAAUUAGAUUUUCUAUUUUUAUUGCAGUUUUACCCUACAGGAGAACAUCGUUCAUUUUUAAAAUUACACA